GAGAAGAGAGAGAGAGAGAGAGAAUCUAGCAAGCAAAUGAGCAGCGCAUCUACAUCUUCUUCGCCCUGGGAAUAAACUGGGUAUCAUUCUUUGUCUGCCUCGGUUUCUUCGCGAUCCUCUCCUUCCUUUUCAUUCCACAUUGACCCUUCUCAUUUACAGCAUUUAUACUUCCGAACCCUUCUCCCUCUCCACUCUUUCAUCUUUCUCCCCUUGCUUCAUAAGUGAAACAUGGCAGCUGCAGCAUGCCAAGCAAUUGGAGUGAUUCAACCCGCCAGUCGCUUUAGCCGUUCUUGCCUACAUCAUGAUUGUAGAAAUGCCUCAAUGAAGUCAGCCUCAAGUGGAUUCAGGGCUGAUGUUGCAUUGGCGGCAAGAGGAAGAUAUUUCUUUAAGAAGCAAAGUUUUGGUGUGAUUCAGGCAGCCACCUCUCAAACUACCGCAUUUGAAGCUGUUCCGGCUCCAUCUAGUACCACACCCAAUGAUUCCAAAAAGAAAACGAAGGAAGCUGCUUUGAUCCUGAUUAGGCACGGAGAAUCAAUGUGGAACGAGAAAAACUUGUUCACGGGCUGCGUUGAUGUGCCUUUGACCAAAAAGGGUGUGGACGAGGCUAUUGAAGCCGGGAGGCGAAUCAGCAAUAUACCUGUUGACAUGAUCUAUACGUCUUCUUUGAUUCGUGCACAGAUGACUGCCAUGCUAGCUAUGACACAGCACCGGCGCAAGAAGGUGCCAAUCAUCACACACAAUGAGAAUGAACAAGCAAGAGCAUGGAGUCAAAUUUUCAGUGACGAGACCAAGAAGCAAUGCAUCCCUGUUGUAACGGCAUGGCAAUUGAAUGAAAGAAUGUAUGGGGAAUUGCAGGGUCUUAAUAAGCAGGAAACUGCAGAGCUGUAUGGAAAGGAGAAAGUCCAUGAAUGGCGUCGUAGCUAUGAUAUACCUCCACCAAAUGGUGAGAGUUUGGAAAUGUGUGCUCAAAGAGCAGUUGCCUACUUCAAAGAGAAUAUUGAACCACAACUUGAGAGUGGGAAAAAUGUCAUGAUUGCCGCCCAUGGGAAUUCGUUGAGAUCCAUCAUUAUGUACUUGGACAAGCUAACUUCCGAAGAGGUCAUAAGCUUGGAAUUAUCCACUGGAAUUCCCAUGCUUUACAUUUUCAAAGAGGGAAGGUUUAUCCGCAGGGGAAGUCCAGCCGGGCCUAAAGAGGCAGGCGUUUAUGCUUACACUAAGACAUUGGCUCAGUACAGGCAAAAGUUGGACGACUUGUUCGAGUGAUGUGGUUCCACUUGGUUUGGCCAUUGUUCUUCUGUAUCUGUUCAUCUGGAGGAAAAAAAAGUAUUCUUUAUACUGUAAGUGUGUGCUAUAUACAUAGCCAGGAUAGAUUCUGCUGCUGCGAAAUGCAAUGUCAUUCAAGUAUAAAUGUCUGCCAUUUUUCUUUUUGUACGGAGCUAAACCGUGUUUUGUGGAGUUCUAGAAUAUAAAGUUGAAAAGAACAUACCUAUUAUUGUGGUGUAAAAUAUUGAAGUUUUUAGUUCUCUGGAUUCAAAUAACUCUUGUGAAAACAAUUCAAAUUAUCUAAAGAUCAUCAUGAUCUAAAAGCUAGUAAAGCCUGAACCCAUGU